CCAUUUUUCAAUCAUAUUCAUGUUCAAUUGAUAAAUAAACGGUAAUAGAGAGAAGCCAAAAAACUACGUUGACUAACGACGUACCCUCGGAAGCGACUCUUCGACCUCGGGCCCCUGUCCGUCGUAUCUAUUCAUCUCCGAUUGCGCACAGCGUCACGUCGCUCUCACGAGUCUUCAGAACUAAACGCGUGCAUCUUACAUACAAACAGGCCAGUCCACGCAUUAUACAUCCAGCAAACAAAUCCCACCAUACGGAUUGGAUACCAUUGCCUUGGUUCUAAAUCAAUUAAUUCGAGAUCUCAACAUAAUCGAUCACCUUUUUUAAUUGAAUUCUUCUUUCCCCUCUGCAUUCGGCCAACUCGAUCUAAUCGCCAAUCGCCAUACCUGCAUCAUCCGACCCUCAUUAUUGCGUUGUCUUGCAUUGCCCAGACACCACCUAACUAGGCAACUUGGCGUCCGCUUCAAAUGUCUUCCUACGCCAUGGUCAACGCACCGGAAGGCUCUAGCCAUUGGACGGGAGCCUGUUAAAGGACGGUCUGGUGGUUUCUCCGGCCCUAGGAGUUGUUGAUUACUAGGUACAUAUCCGUACUCGACAUCCAGGGCUUCUGAACUACCGGAUCCAACAUGUUGGGCAAGCUUUUUAACCUGACCUCGGGAACCACCGGAGGCGCAAAUCCUCAAGAAGGAACUACGCCAACGAAACCAUCCCCUGAAUCGGUCCAGGAAGAGAUUCAUACGCGCAGCCUCUUAUUUCCAGAUACGCAGGCUCUUUACUAUCGUCAGGAUCAGGUCUUUCCGCUAUCCUCUGCGGCAGGCAUCCAACCUGGGGUUUCCGCCAACCCCUUUGAUUAUGAUGGCGAUAUCGAUAUUGAUGUACGCGACGUUCGCGUUAUAAUAAUGCAAGAUACCUUAGGUUCUGUCAGUCCCUCCUUAUUAUUCGACAGUCAUCCUGCUCCAUCGGCUGUCUCGCCAGGUGAUCGGCCACAGCCGCCGAGUGCGACUUCAUCCUCGCAGUCCUUAAUGCAAGAUCUUCGACGAGUGCCUACCUCGCCACGGAAAAGCAGUUUAGGACAAUCUUCCAGGCCUCUAGUUAUUCAACCAGGUAGUCCCCAACCCCGUCAAGGCGCAUUCGAUCGACGAGGAUCUAUCCAGUCCCGCGCUUACAGCGCUGCGGAGACUGACUCCCAGAAGGCGGCUAGGGAGUAUCGUGAAGAGCUCGCCAGUUUCUCGAGUUGCAUCUUUGCCAACUCAGAAGUCAUGUCCUACAAGGGGACAUCGACCAAGGUCCAUAUUAUUCCAAGUGAGACUCGACCGUCUGGAAUCUCUAGUUCAUAUGUGGGAGAUGGCAGGGGUUCGAUGGGAAGGUCGAGUAUGCGGUCAAGUAGGCUGGCACAAUCUUUCACGUCCGAUUCGGCACAUACAAAUUUCCAACCCUUUUCUACUCCUUCUCGACAGCAGGAUCGUAACAAGAUCCUGGUGACUCGAUUAUUUCCAGUGAAUUUACCGAACGACGAUCCUGAAUCUCCGAGCCAGGUUACCUCCCCCCACAGUCGGUUUUCCGAUGAUAACGGGGGUUUUCCGUUUCCGUAUUCCCCAGAUGAAAACAAACUAAACAAGAAGAAGUUGAAGCCUGUACAAAAGAGGACGCCCAUGUACGCAGUCGCUUUGGUGUUGCAACUUCCGCAAUGUCCGAAUUCAACGCCAGCAACGGCACCAAAGCCCAUGUUUCGAGGACCCAGUUCUUAUAACGAGCAAGACACUUUCCCUUCUUCCUUCGGAUCUGCCCGCCGAUCUGGAUGGACGAUGGUCGGUUCAGGGUUCGGUUCAGAGUCGUUCGAAUCGACAUACAGUAAUGAUAUUGAGGAUCGCAUGGAUGCGAUUACUCAACAUUGGGAUAUUAUUAUGAGAACCCUUACUCACCUUCAAUCUGUUGUAGCCACCACACUGAUUCCGAUGCUAAAGCAAGUGGACAUGGCGGCGCCCGAUCCAUACCCCGCCAGCAUAUCCGCCCAGAUCGCCCGAACAACAUCCGUCAAGGGACGAAGGGGCUCCGAUGGCUCUCAAAUGAAGCCGUCGAAGACAAAUGCGAAGUUGGUAGCACUCCCGCCGAGUUGCUUAGCUCAGGAUCAGCGUAUAAGCGACGAAAUUGAUGAUGCAAAGAUCCGGAUUGUGUCGGGACUUCGAGCCACCAGGGUUGUUACGGGACAGGGUCGCUGGGGUCCGUGGCGGGAGGAGGCAAGAUGGGUUGCGAAGUGGGCUGGGACUAAAGAGCAAGGUUUUUUCUUCUUCAAUCUACUGACGGCAUUCUUGGCAACACACACCGAAUGGCUUCAAGCGUUGAGUCCCAUCUGGUACAGGAGAAGGCGGUAUCAACAACAGAAGGUUAAAAGCGAGGAGGAUACGUCUUUACCAUCACGAACGAUCAUAGUCGCCAAAGAUAAGAUGGCUGCGAGGAGGUUGAUAUUUUUACUGUCGGCCUUCCUGCCCGCUAACCAGCAGCUACCGACAGUUCGCGCUCAGCGCCCGGCGACUUCUGCAUCGGCCGCUGCCUUCGGCCAUUCGCCUCCAUCGUACAUUGUGCCGAUCAACAAGGAGGAAUCUCUACGUCGGAAGAUUAAUCGUCGGCAAGGACCCAGAGGUGCUUCUCACACUAGGAGUUUUAGCAUCCAGUCGCAAGCUACGACGAGAUCAGCAACCGGUAUACCUGCGCAGCUCGCACACCUUAGUAUGGAGUCCUCUAAUGUAGACCGUCGAUCGUCCGAUUUCAUCAAGCCAGCGAAUCUCCUCAUUACCGGAAAUGAUAUCAACACACGAAAGAGCAGUGCUGCAACAGCUAAUACCGUAGUUCCCGACUCCGCCAUUCCACACUUCUCUACGAUGCAUCGAGGUAGCACAGGCCGUGGAGGUCGACCUGGAAGCGGGAGCAGUUUUGCUGCGGAUGACCUAAAACGGUCUCUGAAAAGAGGUGACAGUAUCGGUCACGCUAGCCAUGGAAGCACAGACUCCCGUCAAAGUUCGCGAUGGGGUAGCGUGAUUAGUGGCUUAUGGAGUGCAAGACGACGCGACUCGACUGCUACUACAUCGCAGAUUCUGGACAUGCCAAAUCAUCGUGGCAGCGCACUCUCCUCUCCCACUCAACCUUCCACUAGUAUAAGGGACGAACUUGCAGAGAUGGUUAGAGAGGCCCAACUUCUCGAUACAAUCGUGAACCAACCAGGGGAUCGUGACCCUACAUCACUCCAACAACCCGAUACUCCGCGAAGAUUGGAAGAGAAGCAGUUCGAGCCUCAGUCAAGAACCCCAGAUCCGUUAGGCGCAUAUGAAUCACCGGUGAAAACGUCUAUCAAUAACGAUGAUGGAGUAAUAGAUGUCGAUGUUCAAUUUCCAGAUUACCUUACUUCAUUUGAGACUGCUGUUAGUUCACCAUCUAGCAGUGGCUACCUUUCAACCCCUGGUCUGGGUAGUGGACUUGACGGCUUCGAACAGUUCUCGAGGCUAGCUAUUGAUGGCGAUGUUCCUCUGAACGUUGCGGGAUGGCUUAAGCGCUUUCAUCCCGAUUUUACGCUUCAGGCGAUCCCGCCGCAGAAAAAUCUUCUAGACGAAGUACGAGAAUCUUUAGCUGCGGAACCUACCCCUGUAGUUCAUCUGAACACGAUGCCGGAAGAUUGGCCUGCAGAGCAUUGGGUUGACGUUAGCACAGCCAUCAUUGCUGAUACGACGAAUUUUACUAUAAAGCGACUUCGAUACCGCCGGCUUGUGAAACCUAAGCUACCAGUGGAUCGAAACAACACCAGUUUCUUGACGCCAUACGGUUCGUCCUUGAUGACACCGGCGCUCUCACCUUACGAACAGCCGAUUCAGGAUAAGAUCGAAGAGGAGGAAUUGUUCAGCUUCGACGAUGCUCUUAUUGAUGCUGUUGAGAGAGUCAUUGCGCACAGUAGUGAUGCGAGCAAGGGAACUUCGACUGCAUCUUCUCGGUCUACUAGUAAAAGGCGGGGAAGGAGAGACAGCGAAGUUUCCCAAUUAACGGAGCAAGAUAUGCCUAGCUUUCCUAUCGAUUUCCAAGAAGUACCACGCGCAGAAUGCAAGGUAGUUGUCUUGUCCGCACUAUCAGGAAUCGUACAAGAGGUGGUAGAUCAACGCGAGAGGGAGAACCAGGUUGCAAGCCCAACUGCGCCAUACGAAAUGAGCCGCGAAAAGGAGAGCACAUUACGAGCUGCUGUUCGAACGUGGCUCGAAAAUGUGGAACUCACUGAUGGUUAACUUUCCAGAUCUUAAACUACCCCCGUGGAAGAACACAAAAAUUCAACGUGUUCGAGGAGGGGGUCCUUUUAAUGAUAAAUGACAACUAAUGACCUAAUUUCUUUUUAUUUGUUUUAAUCGUUUCGAGGGCAACAUAACAGAGCAAGGCGUCGCGACGGAGAAAACACGUACAUGUACCAACACAACAAUUCUCGUUUACAAGGGGCGGGAAGAUUAGAGAGAUGAGAUUUCGGCCAAAAGAUACCCCAAUAAGCAUGCAUGCGGUCAUAUUCCACGGAGAGCCGUUCGCGGUUGCAUUUUCCUCAUUUCUCAGUUCUUACAUUCCUAUUUCUCUGGCGUAGAGGGGGCGGUGUCGACGGCCGACAGGGUUUUGCAAUGUCGGGUCGAGGAAUAGGUGUUUUGCGGCUGGGAUGCAUAGUGCAAGGGAUCAUUUAACACGACAGAAGCGACUUUUUGCAGCUCAACACACCGGUUGCUAAGACGCGAUAGGACGAUACCUUCUACAUAGUAGGGUACAAUAGUAUGCUAGUUAAGGCUUGCUAAACAAUACAAGUUGUAGCGUGAGCUAUAUGGAUUUA